AUGAAUGUAGCAAUUUUGAAAGAGUCGGAGGUGAGUCCACGACGGAGAAAAUCUCAUGUGGACUCCAUGAAUCGGGAAAUGAGAAGCCUUCAGUUGAAUUGUGCUCAGGAUAAGUUAUUGGAAAUGAACAAUAGCCGAUUAGAUAAGGAACUUCACAAAGAGUACCGGUGUUCUCGACGCACGACAAGAGGAUUAAAACAAGAACAAGACCACAUCAACAAACGAACUCCCUCAACUGAAAUCUGGAUGCGUCAACAUCGCGAUCAGUACGAGUCUUGGAAAGCGCGGGAAAGAGAAAAACUUUUGAAACGUCAUAAAAGUCUAAUAAAAAGUUACCGGAUUCCAAACGAUGAGACGCGAGAUUUUCAAAUGAAUCUUGUGCGUUCAAAGACAUUUGUGGCUCGUGAUAGGCCUAAAAGUCCGAAGGCUGGAAUUCUAAGACGCAGAAGUACCAUUAGUGACCAAGAAAGACCUGGAGGUUACCAAGGUCAGGGUCUGAGGAAGCGACACAGCGUUGCGUUUUCUGAUGUAAGUUCUAGAAGAAGCUCUGUCGAUUCUCAGGAUGAAUAG